CUGACGUGAAGGCAGUUCCCGCCCACUUGCUGCGACCAUCCUCACCCUCCUCACCACUCGAGCCUCGAAGCAAACGCAACUUUGCUGCUUGCUCUCCUGGUCGCCUUUGCUUCCAUCGCACGAUCUUCACUCCCGGGUCUCCACCUUCUCGCACUCACAGAAUCACUCUUCCUCACGCACCGCAACACACACAUUCUCUGACCUCAGGCACAGCCCAACGCCAAGCCCAGAUCAUAAGGGAUCCUAGAAUUCUUCCAAUCGAGCACUGCUUUGCCUCUGUCAAUCUCGUAGCUGGUUCUACGCAUCUCUUCUCUAACAGCGAGCUCCUCUCCUUCUCCACACACAUCGAGCGCCAACAUGGGCGGCUUGAGAACAGCUCUAGAUGGAUCAGGCAAUGCCAAGUCAAAGGCCGAGUCCACGGCAGAAGGCUCUAACACACAUGGAGUCGUCAACCGACACCCCGCUGCCGACCACGCUCAGCAGACGAAUGAGACUGCCACUACCUCCUCAUCGGAGGCGAAGGACCCCGCCUCCACUACCAAGGCCCUCUGGCCGUUCAAGGUAGGCGUGUCAGAAGACCGCAACCGGCGCUGGCGUCGGACAAUGGAGGACGCACACGCCUUCGUCUAUGACUUUGGUGGUGUUCAUGGCCAAGGCUACUUCUCCGUCUUCGAUGGUCAUGCGGGCAAACAAUCAGCCGAAUGGUGCGGAAAGCACUUUCACGAAUACCUCGUCGAUGCGCUAGCCACGAGCUCACAGGACGGCAAGUCAGCUCCAGUGCCCGACGUACUCAACACUACCUUCCACAAUGUCGACGCUCGACUGUAUGAAUUGGCCAACGAGGAGAAGACUAGCAGCGGAUGCACGGCUGUGACAUGCUUCUUGCGACUCGAAGACGAGGCAGGGAAGCCACUAGCCUUUGCUUCCACCGGCGGCGUUCACCCCGUGGCGGCUAGGAGGCUCAGUGGGAUCGGCGGUGCCGCGAGCGCUCAGGAUCAGACUCCCAAUGAGGCGGGGAGUUCACCAAGUACUGGUGGCACCGCUUCGCUCCCUUCGAGCGAAAGCGGUGGAGGUGGGACCUCUGACAAGGGCGGCAACGGCGGGAGCAUGUUCAAAUCUUUUGCAAGGAGAAUGAGGGGCACUUCUUCGGGGGCCGAGGUGGAAGAAGAAGAAGAGCAGCCGCCAGCGAAGGGCGAGUCAUCGUCAAAUGUUGAGCCAGGCAGCGACGCAAUUGCGGGACCAGAUGGCCUGGUACAGAUCUCAGGCGCAAAGGUUAGGAGAGUGCUGUACACUGCGAAUGUUGGAGAUGCGCGAGCCGUUCUUUGUCGACGCGGGCAAGCAGUGCGCUUGACGUACGAUCACAAGGCUUCAGAUGCGCAAGAAGCAAAGAGAAUCACAGAUGCUGGAGGUUUCGUCAUGAACAACCGUGUCAAUGCCGUCCUCGCCGUGACUCGAUCAUUGGGAGACUCAGCCAUGAAGGAGUUUGUUGUCGGUGCUCCGUAUACCACGGAGACGACGCUCACCGACGAUGACACUUUCCUCAUUGUCGCCUGCGAUGGUCUAUGGGACGUCGUCGAUGAUCAAGAUGCCGUCGAUCUGGUGAAAGACGUUCAAGAUCCUAUUGAGAUGUCGCAGCGCCUGUUGCAGCACGCGCUGAGCAACUUCUCUACGGAUAAUACGAGCGUCAUGGUGGUGAGAUUCCGUGUGGAUGCCAGCGGCUUCCCUUCGACUGCUGCUCCUCGCACUGGCUCAUCUACCGGCGAUGGCUCCUCGGCUACUUCUGUGUCAGGAGGGCUGGCAAAGCAAGGUGACAUGACCGGAUUCGCCACGACGGAGAGUCCAGAAAUGGAGACCUCGAAUAGCGGGAUCACUACAUCGAUUUCUCAACGUCAACAGGAGGCGGCGCAGGAGCAGAGCGAUCGAAGCAAAGGGUCCGCCGAAGCAGACUGAAGCAGAUCGGGACUAAUCUGGUCGUCGUCGCAUCCGGCUCUGUCUCUCCGUGCACUGUGGAAGG